AUGACCAUCAUCAACAUCAUGAUCCGGGCUUCGUGCCUUGGCUUCGCCUUCACCAUACUUUACAUUAUCUCGUAUAUGAUCUACAACCUCUUCUUUCACCCCCUCCGCCGCUUUCCCGGCCCAAUUCUCAUGCGCGCAACCCGCGCAACUUUCUGCUAUCGACUCUGGUGCGGCAAACUCUCCUUUGAUAUGCUUGACCUUCACAGAAAGUAUGGCGAUGUGGUUCGCAUCGCCCCGGAUGAGCUGGCGUACGCGGAUCCCGCAGCGUGGAAGGAGAUCAUGGGUCACCGUGCCGGCAGCGUCGCGAACGGCGGCCAGGCCCCGCUCGAGUUUUAUAAGUCGGAGACAUUCUACAGACCUAUCGCGGAUCUGCCGAGGGAUAUCAUCACGGCACCUGGCCCGGAACACGCUAUGCUAAGGAGGACUUUGAGUCAUGGAUUUAGUGAUCGGAGUUUGAGGGAUCAGCAGCCCGUGAUCAUGAAGUACGUUGACAUUUUCAUUGCCAAGCUGCGUGAGCUAGCAAAGGAUCCGGCGCAGAAAGGGUACCGAGAUGAAGAGGACGUCGAUGAUUCCUCGGUGAUGGACCUUGGUGAAAAGGGGACGAAAGAGCUUGGGGAGCCGGUGAACCUGACGUUGUGGUACAACUACUGCACCUUUGACAUCAUCGGAGACCUCGCCUUUGGGGAGCCGUUUGGGUACGGCGAACCACUUUUCGAUGCUGAGUCGGCUCAUCACGGCGGUGAUGCCAUGACGAUGGAUAAGUUGAAGAGGAGGAUUGCGUUGGCCGAGAGGGAAGGGCCGAGGGCGGAUUUGAUGGAGGGGUUGUUGAAGAAGAGGGAGGAGUGGAACCUUUCGCUGCAACAGCUCGAGGGCAACGCGAGCAUCAUCAUCAUCGCGGGCUCCGAGACCACGGCGACACUGCUUUCGGGCGUGACGUAUCUCCUCCUGAAGAACCCCGAAAAGAUGAAGAAGUUGGUGAACGAAGUCAGAACGACAUUUGACAAGGAAUCUGACGUUGAUCUCACGUCUGUGAAUAAACUGACGUACAUGCUCGCGUGCCUGGAUGAAGCGCUGCGGUUGUAUCCGCCUGUGCCGACGGGUCUUCCUCGGACGGUGCCCGAAGGCGGAGCUAUGGUUCGCGGGGAGUUUCUUCCUGCAAAGACGACUGUGGCUGUCCAUCAGUGGGCCAUGUACCACAACGAAGCUAACUUCAAGAACCCAUUUCUCUUUCACCCGGAGAGGUUCCUAGGUGACCCGGAGUAUGCUUCUGAUCGUAGAGAGGCGUUCCAGCCGUUUCACAUUGGACCUCGAAAUUGCUUGGGACGAAACCUCGCGUACGUAGAGAUGCGGAUCAUGCUAGCGAGAUUGCUUUGGAACUUUGACCUUGUUCUGGCGGAGGAUAGCAAGGCUUGGAUGGAGACUCAGAAGAUUUAUACUCUAUGGGAAAAGGGGCCAUUAAAUGUUUACUUGAAGCCUGUCAUGCGUGACUGA